AUACAUGAAAUAACAGUUUUAUCUUAUCCAAAAAUGUAAUUUUACAUGUGAGUCUCAUUCAAACCUAUCAAUUACUCCCUCCAUCCCAUAUUUAACUCCGGUUUUGACCGGGCACGAGUUUAAGAUAGUGAGAUUUGUGUGGUGGAGAGUUAUGCAGAGGAGAGAAAUGUGUAAGAAUGAUUGUGAAUCACAUAUUCUUUACCAAAAAGGGAAAAAGAAGAUAAAUUUGGGACGGACCGAAAAGGAAAGAACGAAGAUAAUUCCGGGACGGAGGGAGUAUAUAAGUAUAAGGGUUUCAAAUCCUAAAUCGAAUUUAAGAUGCCCGUAUUCCAUAGUUAUGCUGUGGUCCCACAUCGGUCAAUGUUCUGGUCAAUGCCUGGUCAACACAGGGUCAAUACACACCAUUUUAUUUUUUGGUAUUUUUUGCUAGAUUUUGCUCAUAUUUCUCCAUCGCUUUAGUUUUUACUUGCUAAAUUUUGCAUUUGAUUUUUGAGGAUGAGUCCCUCAUACUCUGUAAAAAAUAUGCAAUGUGCGAUUAAAUUUGAUGAGAAUAUGGAGAAAUUUAUGUGAUUUUAGCCUUUUAGGGAAGCCUCAGACAUCUUCAAAAGUUCAAAGGUUGUCAUCUACAUAUGCACGAGCAGAGCACGAGGAUGAGAAUUUUCUUUGGGAUCUUACUAGUGACAAGCCCGGAAUGUUGUAUGAGCCAGUCAUGAAUGAAGUUCUUAUAAGCCUCCUCUGUCUCGUAUGCUUCAUCUGCAUCAUCCUCCUCUUAGACUUAUUAAACGUUACACGUGCUGCGUUCGACCCUCAUGGCCCCAUCCAACAGUUAGCCUUGCAAACUGAAUCCACAGGGUCCUCCCACUAUGUGGACUCGGUAGCUUAGGCCUGAAAUUCAGGACGAAUCCAACAUGACAACCUGAAUCCAGCAAGGCCCUCCCACCACGCGAACUCGGUCAACACCAGCCCCCAGUCACUUGAUCAACUUCCCUUUGGUCGAUGUCAGACCCCCGCAGGUCGACUUCUCCUUGGUCGAUGCACCCUUGUUGGUCGACGCCCCCGCAGGUCGACCUCUGAAGGUCGAUUUUUCCUUUUUUGUCGACUUCGUGAAGGGACUGUUUGAAUCUGCUUCUUAAAACUGUUUAUACUCCUUUGAGUAGAAGCAUAUAUUGGAGUGUUUGAGUGGAAGUGCAAAAGUAAAGUGAGGACAUACGCUGUGAACCACACAUUCUUUGUCAAAAAGAGAAAGAGAAGUUUAUAUUGGGAUGAGUGAAAAAAGAAAGAAUGAAGAUAGUGUUGGGACAGAGGAGCAGUCAUUGGCACAUGAUUUGGGACCCAAAAAUCAAGGCCACGGACUAAUAUCCCCUCCCAGCCUCACCCGGUCAGCCCAUACUGGAUUUUCUGGUCCUAGUUGAAUCCCAGGAACUAACUGGUCCAAAUACGGUUUGGUCCUAGGACGUUGUCCAUGCUAGUAUGUGGUAAUAAUGAUCCAUAACAAAUCAUAUGAGGGCCUGGUCCUAGGACAUUGUCCAUGGUAGUAUGUGGUAAUAAUGAUCCAUAACAAAUAAUAUGAGAGCUAGGAUGCCUACAAACUAAAUAGACUAAAAACUCCCAACAACAAUAAAAAUACAAAAAUAGAAUCCAAAUUAGCACACAUCCAUAUGUCACCAUCAUAGUAGAACAUGCAUUACACAAAGAAACGAUUAUUGAAUACUUAUACAGCCGGCUCUACAGUGAUCACUAUACUGUACAGUCGGUGGCAAACUUGUAAUUUUUGUGAAAAUCACGGAUUCUCUUAAAUGAGCAUUUAUGCAAUUUUGAUGAGCAUCAAGUGUAUUCUUUUGAGUAUUAGGAGCCUAACGAUGAGCAUCAGUGAUCUCUGCUUCAUACCUUAUAUAUCACUUUUUGUUUAUUAUUUUUUCGUUUAUUAGAAAGUUUAAGUUAUGCCUAUAAUC